AUGGCUGACCCACCCAACAUUGCCGGCGACAUGUCGAGCGAAGGAUCUCAGCAGUUCCACACGGACACCCCACCUGACGAGGUUGCAAUAGCGAAAGACGAGAUCCAGUAUCGUUGGAGCAAGAAGGCUGAAGACUGUAUUCCUCCGAUGUAUCGGCCCUCCGAACCGCUUCCAAGCAUCGUCAUCAUACGCAUCUCCCGACUCGCACGCAUGGCUCCUGGCACGAAAGGCUUCAAAGUUUGUGAAAAGCUCGUCAUAUCAUCAAUUCUGGAUCGGCAGCGCACCUCAGGCAGCGGUAGCGCCUCCUUCGUUCGGGAGGCGGAUCUGAAGAAUGCUUUGAGCAAAUUGGUCCAGCUGCUCAAUGCUGUCCGUGAUAUCAACCUGGCGGUCUGUCUCCACAGUUCAUUCCUCCAGGGUCACAAGCUCGCGUCCAACGAUCCCUAUGACUGGGGAUUCGAGACCGUUGUUGCCCUUUGGGAUCUAGUGAAGCUGGCUGCUCCCACCCGUGUCAAGCAAGCCGGCAACCUCUGGCGCUCUCACUUUGCAAAGAGACUCAGAGCGCACCCCAACAGCCCGAAGCAUGUCAUUUCUGCCGACUUUCGGCUUGCUAUCGAUGAUCUCAAGAAGCAGCACACUGGCCCCGAUGACAGCUCACUUGGUCUACGUAGCCUCACCCACCAUGAGCAGCAGCUAGGGCCCACUCCGAGUGGACAUUUCUGUACCACUGGAGCCAUCUUCCAACCGGCCCUACCUCCUCCUGGGAUUCUCCUGGCGAUCGGAAAGAUGUUCUACUACGCCCAGAGCCACCGCGACUCUCACUUCAAGACCAUACCCAUAAUCAUGACUCAGGAAAUGGCAUCCAAGGGCAUUUUCCAUGACAAUACGGGCGCGACUCGGCUGGGAACGUUCCUCAAGCAGGACGGAAGGAACUAUUCGUACAAACAUUUCUAUGUCAACAUGACUGCUAUCCUGGAGCUGGAGCAGCGAUUCGGAAAGCCAUUCUACGAAAUUUUCGAGUGUCCAGACAUUCAAGCUCACCAGGCCCUGCGCACGGCAAAGGGCAUCCUCCCCACCUUGGCCGGAAUCACACGUCGUCACUGCAUCGACCAGGUUGAGACCCUCAAGAAAGUCUGCAAUGAGUAUUUCGACAAGUACCCUGAUCCAGAAAAGUCUCGCACGUUGACGACCGAAAACGUUCGCCACCUCAGCGAGCAAUUGGCAAUUGCGGCCGCUAAAAAUGCUGAUGGCGUGAAGUACAUGGGAUGGCCCUCGCUCGGCGGCAGGGCUGCAGGACCCGCUACUCCUCUUGCCGCUCCAGCCCCAAAGCAGCAGACACGCCGCCGCAUCCGCGAAGCCUCACCUACAAGUCCCCGUGAGCAGCCAGCCACGAAGAAGCCCAAGCCCUCCUCCACCGUGGCUGCCCGUGCGGCUUACGUCGCCAAUCACGUCCCCGGUCGCGACGCGAUCCUGGAUCCCUUGCCAUCUCGCCGCCCGGCAGCUGUCCAGCUUAUCGCUGCCGCCAUCAGGUCCAGGCUCAUUAUGACGCCGACCGGCAUGCGCGAGGUCGUUCCCACUCGCUUCCCUGAAGUCAGCGCCACCCUCACACCUGCGCCGGCAUCGCGCCACAUCCAGUCCGGCUUUUCUGCAGAGGGAGAGACCAACCACCGCAUCAUGGAGGAUCAGAGUGAAGAAGUUGAGUCCGACCUUACCGCUGGUGAAGUUCAGACUACCUUGGAGCAUUCCUCUGUGCCAGACAGUUCCCUCGUUGUUCACCGAGACACCCCGGGCGAAGAUCCUGCCGAAAGUUUGGAAAUGGUCGGAGGAAGUGCUGAUGAGAACCUUCAGGCCGGCAUGCAGCUGUAUGCGGAGACCUCUACUGACUCGGAAGUGUUUACCAAGCUCGGAGAAGAGUUCCAGCAGAGGGGCAUCGCCACUGCUGAAGGCCUUCACUCACAGAUGCAGGUUCAAGCAAACCAAGCCGAGAAUGCUCGUGCUUCCACUCAGACCGAAGUUCAGGAACUGAAGCAACAGCUCCAGCAGGCAAUGGACAAGAUCAAGGAAACCGAUAUCAAGGCAGAGACGGCAGAGGAAAGGGCGAAGAAGGCCGAGAAAAGGGCAACGGAAGCUGAGCAGAGGCUCGAGCAGAAGGUCAAAGAUCUGCAAGAGCUGGCCGAAGGUUCUCGUAGGCUCUGGACUCAGCUGUUGGAGAUUGCUAGCGAUUAG